CCGGAUCGUUACCGAUCGCGAGUCUCAGGUACAACAAUGGCGCGAGUACAUUACCUCAUUCUUUUCCUCAUUACGUUUAAUGUCGUAGCGAGUGAAAUAAAGAACGUGGGAUGGUGGAAAAAUGCUGUCUUCUAUCAAAUCUACCCGAGAAGCUUCAAAGAUGACAAUAAUGAUGGCAUUGGAGACCUGAAAGGGAUUACGAGCAAGCUGCAGCACUUUCGGGAUUCUGGAAUCGAUGCUAUCUGGCUUUCACCGAUUUAUGCUAGUCCUAUGGUAGAUUUCGGGUAUGAUAUUGCCGAUUUUCGAAAAAUUCAUCCCGAUUACGGAACGAAUGAGGAUUUCGAUGAAUUAGUAGUAAAAGCUCACGGCAUGGGAAUCAAGGUAGUUCUCGAUUUGGUGCCAAAUCAUACCUCUGACGAUCAUGAAUGGUUCCAACAGAGCAAGGCCGGUAAUGAAAACUACCAGGACUAUUACAUCUGGCGGACAUCAACCGGAGAAAAUGAUCCCCCGAAUAAUUGGCUGAGUCGUUUUGGAUCAACAGCUUGGAAAUACGAAUCUAGUCGAUCGGCAUGGUAUCUCCACCAAUUCCACGUUCGGCAGCCCGAUUUGAAUUACCGAAAUCCAAAAGUUAAACAAGAAAUGGAAGACAUAAUCAAGUUCUGGUUGAACAAAGGAAUUGAUGGCUUUCGUGUUGAUGCUGUUCCGUUUCUAUUUGAAUCGGAAGGAUUUGAAGACGAGCCACGAUCUAGCAUCAAUGCGACGGAGAAUGAAUGGGAAUAUUUGCGUCAUGAUUACACCCAAGAUCAGAGUGAGACCUAUGAUUUGGUGAAGUCCUGGCGAAAAGUCCUUGAUGACUUCGCGAAUUCCAGUAACUCUGAUGAGAAGGUGAUGAUGACAGAAGCGUACACCAGCUGGAAUAACACAGUCAGAUAUUAUGAUAAUGGUGCUCACGUUCCUUUCAAUUUUCUAUUUAUCACGGAUAUAAAUCGCAAUUCAAAACCUGAUGCAGUGAAGACGGUCAUUGAUAAGUGGAUGGCCGAAACUACGAAGAGAAAAGGAACAGUUGCAAACUGGGUGAUGGGCAACCAUGACAAUUCAAGAACGGAGUCAAGAUAUCCGGGCCGUGGAGAUCAGAUGACGAUGCUGGCAAUGAUCUUGCCUGGAGUGACAGUUACUUAUAACGGAGAAGAAAUUGGAAUGGUUGAUAAAACAGACAUCAGUUUUAAUGAUACUCAAGAUCCUCAGGGUUGCAAUGCCGGGCCCGACAAGUAUCAACUAGUGUCCCGUGAUCCGAACAGAACGCCAAUGCAGUGGAACGACGACAUCAAUGCCGGAUUCAAUAACGGAACGACGCCAUGGAUCCCGAUAAACGAUAACUUUGUCGACCUGAACUUAGCUCAGCAGAAGGAAGCGUCAGCUUCUCACUACAAGAACUACCAGAAGCUGGUCCAGUUGAAGAAGACAAAAGCUCCACUGAUAUCAGGAGAUCUCCAAACUGUUGUGUCCUCCGAUAAAAAGACCCUGACGAUUGCCAGAAGUACAAAGAACGAGACAAUCCUUCUGAUCAUCAACUUCUCUGAUACCGAAAGUGUAACCGUCGAUGUAGCCAGUCAGCUAAAAUCAAUCAACGCUGCAGCAACAGUACUAGUAACAACCCUGGAAUCAGUUACUAAGGAAGGGGAUUCUGUGGAUGUCAGCAAAUUGCAGUUAGCGCCGAAACAAUCGGUCGUUCUAGGAGGAACAGUCAAGAUUACGAACACCAACACCGGAGAGCCGGAUGGUGCUCAAACAAUUGCUUUAUCCUCCAUCUUAGCAGUACUUGUACUUCUUCUCAUGUCAUUAGAGUACCUUCCGUAAUUAUCCGAAUCCCUCCAAUUUAUCAAUUUCUUUACAUUUAUUCGUUUAAAAUACAAAUACAUGUAUUCGCCAAAAUCCAAACCAAAUGCUAAAUAUAAUAUUAUAAUUAUUCUCUGAGAA